ACACUCUCUCUCUCUCUCUUCCAUUUGUAGUAAUCCACAAACCUUGGCAUUCCAUUUUGGGGUUGGGUUUAUUGGAUGAAGUGAUUCAGCUUCAACACCAAAAACAAAAAGGAUUUGUUAAUAUUUGAGUAAUGGCGAAUGAGAGUGAAAUUAAUUUGGGGCUUGCUCUUGGUAGUAGUAACCAACAACAGGUGGAGUCAUCAGGUGCAGGUGCAGGUGCAGGUGCAGGUUCAAAUGCAAAUUCAAGGUUAAGAAUAGAUAACAAGACAUUUGUGCGACCCUGUCCGUUACCUGAGUUGGUUUGGUCUACACAAAAUGGUUUAAGCAUCAAGUGUGCUGACUGCAGCACCUGUUUUGCUGACAACAACCCCUGCUGUCUUUAUAAGGAUGUUCCAUCAUCUCAACAUGAAAAAUAUGAAAAUGUUGAUGAAAUGAAGUGUGUGCAGUUCAUCGAAAUGGAGAGCAAGGGCAAGGAAACAGAGUCUUUGACCAACUUAAAGAGCAUAUUGGUUGGCAAUGUGGCUGGAACCAGUGAAGUAGGUCCACACAACCAAAGAACUGCUGAUCUUCUGCCACUAUUAGAAAGCAAGACUGAAAAUAUUGGUGAUGGUACUGACAGAUUGGGCCUGAAUAUUAGAUUGCCUUUGGAAAUAAAAGAACCAACAGUACAUGUCAAAAGGGAUGAAGAUGAUUCGAAUGGAAGUGGUAGCUCUCCUGAAAAGAUGGAAGAAACUGCUGAAAAUGAUGUUCAGGAUCUAAUCGCUAAAGAUGCUAUCUUGGAGAAUGUAGAGAGAGAUUUGGUUCCAGGUGAAGCUCCCUCGAGUGACAGCAGGAUGAGAGUCCAAAAUAGAGAGGAAUCAUGUAAAGAAGGUAAUAAAAGCCAUGGAAGCAUGGAGAGUUGCAACAGUGCUAAUUCAUUGUCAAAAGGGAAUAAGAGAUGGAGGUUUUCACAGCAGUUGAUUAUUGGAAGUAAAAGAAUCAAGAAACAAAGUCAAGGAUGUCCAUUCUCAACACCUGUGAUAAAACAAGAUAGUUCUUUCAUGAAUUGGAUUUCAAACAUGGUCAAGGGUAUAAAGCCAUGUCAAGAAGAGGGUCAUGGUCAUUCUCUUGCUCUUAGCUUAGGCCAUCCGAUUGAUGAUGACCAGAAGAUGGACACUUGUGACAAAACCUUGAAUUUUGUUACCAAAAAAUUGGGAUUUCAAACUGUUUUUCAGUCUCUCUAUUCACAAGAUGCAAAACGACUUGAAACAACAACACAGAUAGAGAAUAAGUUCAUUGGUGACUCUAAAGAAGUCAUCUUGUUCGACAAAACGGUAUCCAACCAUGUCCCAGAUGAUACUUUGAACCAAAAAGCGUUUGGGAACUUGUGGAUCGCUCGUUUUUCUCCAAAAACACCCUCCACUUUGUUAAGUUCAAAUAACUCAGACCUCAGAAGUUUUGUGGCCAGAGAUUCAUCCACUGAUGAGGCUUCUGCUUCUGUUAGCUUGAAGCAGUUGGAGGAACCUGUAGCAUUAACUUUAAAGACUUCAAUAGAUGUUCUCAAGCACACUAGACCAAUGGUUCACUCAAAGACAAGUUGUUUCUUUUGUGGCAAAAGAGGCCAUGAGUUACGUGAUUGUAUACAGAUAAAUGAGAAAGAAGUGGAGGGUUUUAUGAAGAACAUUAGAUUAUAUGAAGGACUGGCUAAAGAAGCUCCAUGUUUAUGUAUCAAAUGCUUUCAGCUCAACCAUUGGGCGUCUGCUUGUCCAUCGAAGAGGGGUUAUAAGACCAAGGAAAGCUGGUCUGAUUUGAACUUGAAGCUGAAAGAGAAGGGAAAUGUCUUGUUCAAGAAGAAGGUAUCAAAUUUCAAUGAAAUUUCAAAGCAUCCUGCUUCAAGCUCUGGGAAGAUACUCGGAAUACCAAAAAAAAUGUUUGACACCAUAAGGAGGCUUAGGCUGUCUCGUACAGAUAUCCUCAAAUGGAUGAAUUCCCGUUUGCCAAUCUCAAGCUUAGACGGAUAUUUCCUACGGUUGAAGCUUGCAAAAUGUGAAGAGGGAGUAGGGGGAGCAGGGUACUAUGUUGGUUGCAUAACUGAUGAUAAUCCAUCAAAAGGGUCCAAGAAGCCUAUUUGUGUCAACAUUGGAGGUGUGGAAUGCUUGGUUGAAAGCCGAUAUAUCUCCAACUGCGAUUUUCUUGAGGAUGAACUAAUAGGUUGGUGGCGGACGAUGUUGACAAGUAGACGUCGGCUUCCGAUAGAAGAGGAGUUGGCCUCCAAGUUGGAGGACAGAAAAAGGUUGGGGUUUUAGUUGACAAAACAAUGUAGAAAGGUUUGAAGCAAUAAUCUUUUCAUGUAAGCUAUUUUUUACUUUUCUCUGCAACAUUCGUGAUCGUGAUCGUGAUCGUGAUCGUAUGCAUAUGUAGGAUUACUUAAUUAAGUAGGUGUGUGUGAGGUUUACAGUUGAUUUAAUCAAGUAACAGAAACCACAAAAGUCAGUUUUUGCUCCUUGUUUA